AUGGGUGAUGUUCUAAGCCCCUUCACAGUCUCAACCCCUCCUCCACCCUCCUCCUCUUCCGCCAAGAACAACACCAUGCCCAUGCUGUACUACGGUCUUGUCGUGGUGGGAACCGCCGCCAUAGUGCUGGCCAUAUACAACCUCGUCCUCCUCAGACGCAGCCACGCGCGGUCGCAGCCUUCGGGGUCGGGUACCAAUCGUUCGGGAACAACAACAACAACAACGGAAGCGGUUUCGGAAAUAACGAGGAACUUGGACAACCAUCAAAGACACUUGCUUUCGAGCUUCAAGUACAAGAAAGAAGUGGUGGCAAAAGAAGAAGAAGAAGAAGAAGAAGAAAAAGAAAAAGAAGAAGAAGGGUUCGAUGAUUUUGAGUGCCCCGUUUGCUUAUCGGUUUACGAAGAAGGGGAAGAAGUGAGGAAGCUUCCACAGUGCAAACACUAUUUCCACGUUGUUUGUAUAGACAUGUGGCUCUACUCGCACUUCGAUUGCCCCAUUUGUCGAACACCCGUUGUCGGGCCUCCAUGUCCGGUGGAGAAUUCCAUUGAUGGGUUCAUGGAAUCUGGUCGCAUCUCAGUUCAGAUAUAA